AGGAACUACUGCCAGCCAGCCAUGGGCCAAGAUUAUUACUCUGUGCUUCAGAUCACUCGUAACUCAGAGGAUGCCCAGAUCAAGAAGGCGUACCGGAAACUUGCUCUGCAGAAUCACCCACUGAGGUCAGUUGAGCCAACUUCAGCAGAGAUAUUUAGGCAGAUAGCAGAGGCCUACGAUGUUCUGAGUGACCCUGUGAAGAGAAGCAUUUAUGACAAGUUUGGAGAGGAAGGUCUGAAAGGUGGGAUCCCUCUGGAAUUUGGAUCACAGACUCCAUGGACAACUGGUUACGUCUUCCAUGGCAACCCUGAAAAAAUUUUCCAUGAGUUCUUCGGGGGAGACAACCCCUUCAGUGAGUUUUUUGAUGAAGAAGGAAAUGAGGUGGAUUUAAACUUUGGAGGCCUCCGGGGCCGAGGGGUCAAGAAGCAGGACCCCUCAAUUGAACGAGACCUCUACCUGUCCCUGGAGGACUUGUUCUUUGGCUGCACCAAGAAAAUUAAGAUCUCCAGGAGGGUGCUGAAUGAGGAUGGGUAUUCUUCUACCAUCAAGGACAAGAUCCUGACAAUUGAUGUAAAACCUGGCUGGAGGCAAGGCACACGCAUCACCUUUGAGAAGGAAGGGGAUCAGGGCCCCAACAUUAUCCCAGCUGACAUCAUCUUCAUUGUGAAGGAGAAGCUUCACCCUCGCUUCCGUAGGGAGAUGGACAACCUCUUCUAUGUGAACUCCAUCCCCUUGGGCAAAGCUCUUACCUGCUGCACAGUGGAGGUGAAGACUCUGGAUGACCGUCUGCUCAACAUUCCCAUCAAUGACAUCAUCCACCCCAAGUACUUCAAGAAGGUGUCAGGUGAGGGGAUGCCAUUGCCUGAGGAUCCCACCAAGAAGGGGGACCUCUUCAUCUUCUUCGACAUCCAGUUCCCCACCCGCCUCACACCCCAGAAGAAGCAGAUGCUGCGCCAGGCGUUGCUGACAUAACUCUGGUGGGCUAAAGGCUGGAGCAGGAGUGGGAAAAGGUUAGCCAGGCCUUAUCUCACCUGCCACCUACCCAUAGCCUCAGGUGUGCAAGGGAGCUGCACAUAUGUGA